AUGUCCUCGCUGCUGAAGCCGUUUUCGGUGUGUGAGGGGCCGUGCGAGAGCUGCGGAGUCAGGAGAGGAUGGCCGAGCUCCGCUCCCGUUCAGCAGCCUCCAUCCCGGCGCCUGUCCGCCGCCGCCGCCGCGGCGGGGCUGGGCUCUCUGCCGGUCCACCAGCGGUCGUACGCGGCGAGGAGAAACCUGGCGGCUGCUGCGGUCGGAGGGCGGAAAAUCACGCAUCCCGGAAAGGCCAUCCUUGCAGGUGGCAUUGCAGGAGGAAUCGAGAUCUGUAUCACCUUCCCCACAGAGUAUGUCAAGACCCAGCUGCAGCUGGACGAGAGAGCCAACCCGCCGCGGUACAGAGGGAUCGGUGACUGUGUGAAGCUGACUGUGCAGGAUCACGGGCUUAGAGGGUUGUAUCGAGGUCUCAGCUCCCUGCUCUAUGGAUCAAUACCCAAGUCUGCAGUCAGGUUCGGCACGUUCGAGAUGCUCAGCAACCCAAUGCGAGACGCCACAGGUCGGCUAGACAACACGCGGAGCCUCGUGUGCGGUUUAGGAGCAGGCAUAGCAGAGGCCAUCCUGGUCGUCUGCCCCAUGGAGACACUGAAGGUGAAGAUGAUCCACGACCAGUGUUCCCUCAGACCUCGCUACAGAGGCUUCUUUCACGGAGUCAGCGAGAUCAUCAGGGAACAGGGUGUUAGGGGGACGUAUCAAGGUCUGACAGCGACUGUGCUGAAACAAGGAACCAAUCAAGCCAUCCGAUUCUACGUGAUGAACUUGCUGCGCAAUUGGUACAAAGGUGACGACCCCAGACGAGAGAUGCACCCCAUUGUCACGGCGAUGUUCGGAGCGACGGCGGGAGCUGCCAGUGUCUUUGGAAAUACGCCUCUGGAUGUGGUGAAGACCAGGAUGCAGGGUUUGGAGGCCCACCGCUACAAAAACACGGUAGACUGUGCCUUCCAGAUCUUGAAGCAUGAAGGACCACAGGCCUUCUACAAAGGGACCGUUCCCAGGCUUGGACGCGUGUGCUUGGACGUGGCCAUAGUCUUCGUCAUCUACGAGGAGGUGGUCAAACUACUCAACAAUGUGUGGAAGACCCAGUAG